CGCAGCUCGGGGGGCUUCCUCCGCACCCUACAACGCGAUACCCUCCCUCGCCGUACUAGUGUGAUCGACUUGCAGAACCAGUUCGGUCGCGUUUGUCUAGCAGCCAACUCUGGUCUGGCGCGUCCACAGGUCCAACCUAUUUCCUCCAUCCAAUCGUUGUUCCAAUCGCAUUCGUUCGCGACUGCUUCUACCCCUCCCAAGGCCAAGAGCUCCAAGAAAGCCGACAGCGAACCGAAGAAGAAAAGGGUUCUCAGCGAGAAACAACAGGAAGUUCAGAAUCGCAAGAAACACAACACUCAUAUCAAAGAGCUCAAGGCGACUGGCCUGGUCCAGCGGCCUAAGAGGCUGCCCACCUCUGCCUACACUCUUGCUGUUUGUGAGAAGCUGCGCGAGAUCAAGGGUGAAUACAAGCAACCGGAAGCAUUCCUGGUCGCUAUAGAGCAUGGGAAAUCCAUCAGCGGAUCUGAGUUGGAGAGACUGCAAGCUCAGGCCAAGGCGAACAUCGCCGCCAACGCCGCCGCCUUUGACGCGUGGGUUAAGACGCACACGCCUCUCCAGAUCAAGGAGGCCAACACUGCCCGCCUAACUCUUUCGCGUCUUGGCAAGAAGCAUUACACUCCCAUCAAAGAUGACCGCCAGCCCAAGAAACCUAAAUCCGCCUACAUUUUAUACUUGGCGGACCGUAUUGAUACCGAUAGCUACCAGGGAAAGCCCGGCACAGAGACCUUCACAGCCAUUGCUGAGGAAUGGAGUAGACUACCCCAGUCGGAGAAAGAUCGCUAUCACAAAUUGCAAGUCGAAGAUCGCGAACGGUAUGAGCGAGAGCACCAGCGGGUGUACGGUCAACCGGCACCCAAGAGCUCUCUGUAUGACUCGGAAGACUCCACUUGA